GAUUGACGAGCAGAUGUUCACAUCAUCCUAGUCCCGCCAUAAGCCAUACCUAUCUACACAUCAAUCACUCCACUUCGAAAACCCCACGAUCAUGUCCGGCGCACCCUCCCAACCCACCACUGCGGACGCCUACCAAACCCCCGCCAACCCAGCUACAAAGAACCCCUCUGAAUCCCACGCCGCCGCAAACAGCACCAGCAACAAUGCCGAAAUCGUCGAACAGCGCAUCCCACAGACGCAAUCCUCACCCGGCGAAGCGCAAGAAUGGGGUCUAGCCCGCGGCGUGCGCGGCGCGGGGCCUGGCGAGGAAGCCAAGGGCCUGACAGAAGAAGACGUCGGGCGCCACAGGGAGCUGGACGGCGAGCAGAUGUACAUGCCCGGGGAGGGGAAAGUGGCGGAUGCGGUUGCCGGGAGGGGUGGAGCGGGUGGUCAGGUUGGGGGUGAGCAGGUGGAUCUGGCGGCGGAUUUGGACCGGAAGAAGGCUGAGCAGGCCGAAGCGAGAGAGGCGAUUAAGAAGCAGAGGGCGGAGGAGGUGGAGGAGGGACGCUUGGGACAGCGAGGUGGUCCUGCUACCAAUCCGAAGUGGUGGGCUGGGCCGGGCGGUCCGGCUACCACGGCGGAUUCCUGGGCUGGACCUGGAUAGAUUGAAGUCGUUAUGAUGUUGAUGAUCCGGAAGGAUAGCGGCGGGAGGAAUCUUGCA